AUGCGUGCGUCUGGAGAAAGGGUGCUUAAUCGUUACAGUCGGACCGUGACAGCACCAAAGGACCAAGGAGCGAGCCAAGCUAUGUUAUUGGCGACGGAAGGUGUGGGUGCAACCACAGAUCUUGGGAAGCCCAUGGUCGGCGUUGCUAGCGUAUGGUAUGAGGGAAACCCAUGUAACCGACAUCUUCUCGGUCUGGGGCAAAAAAUUACCAAAUCACUUCGUCAGGCAAAUAUUACUGGAUACCAAUUCGGAACUGUUGGUGUCUCUGAUGGAAUUAGUAUGGGAACAGAUGGCAUGAGAUACUCGUUACAAAGUCGAGACCUAAUUGCAGACCAGGUUGAGACAGCCGCUGGAGGCCAUUGGUUAGAUGGGAUGGUUGUUGUACCGGGGUGCGAUAAGAACAUGCCUGGUGUAUUGAUGGCACGUAAUCGGCCGACUAAACCGUCCUGGACUGAUGGUCUACGGCGGUACGAUCAGGCCUGGGUCUUGCGCCGGCCACCACAGCUCGAUAUCGUCAGCGCGUUCCAAUCUUAUGGCAAGUAUCUUCAGGAUGGUGAAACUCCAGAUGCGGAAAAGUUCCGGCAAGAUACGAUCAACCACGCCUGCCCAGGACCUGGCGCCUGUGGAGGAAUGUAUACCGCAAACACCAUGGCAUCUGCCGCGGAGGCGAUGGGAAUGACACUUCCAGGAUCUUCAUCCUUCCCCGCGGAAUACCCAGAGAAACAACAGGAAUGUGAGACUAUUGGUCAGGCCAUGCUAAAUUUGCUUGAGAAAAACAUUCUUCCGAGAGACAUUAUGACAAGGAGUGCAUUUGAGAACGCUAUGGUUUUGACAAUGAUUUUGGGUGGCUCGACAAACGCAGUUCUACACUUGAUUGCGAUUGCGCAUUCUGUCGGAAUCAACCUCACAAUCGACGACUUCCAAUCUGUCUCUGACCGCGUGCCAUUCCUCGCGGAUCUAAAGCCAAGUGGUAAAUAUGUGAUGGAAGAUGUUCACAAGAUUGGAGGCAUUCCGGCUGUCCUCGCCUAUCUACUUGAGAAUAAACUUAUCGAUGGGAACAACAUGACAGUGACAGGAAAGACGCUCGGAGAGAACCUUGAGAGAUGGACUGUGGAGAAGGGAAGGCUUCAAUCGGGCCAAAAGGUCAUACGCCCGCUGUCUGAACCCAUCAAGGCAACUGGCCACAUCCGCAUAUUACGCGGUAAUCUUGCGCCUGGGGGCGCAGUCUCUAAAAUAACGGGCAAAGAAGGCCUGUCCUUCAAAGGAAAGGCUCGUGUAUUUGACAACGAGGCAGAGUUUGUACAUGCUAUUGAGACCAAGUCGAUCAAGAAAGGCGAGAAGACUGUUGUCGUUUUGAGGUAUCUUGGCCCGAAGGGCGGUCCCGGUAUGCCUGAAAUGCUCAAGCCCACGAGCCUGAUCAUGGGUGCCGGGCUCGGCCUGGACGUCGCGUGUUUGACGGACGGUCGAUUCAGUGGAGGAUCUCAUGGCUUUGUAGUAGGCCAUGUGGUUCCUGAAGCGCAAGUUGGCGGACCAAUAGCUCUCGUACGCGACGGAGACACAAUCGUAAUCGAUGCGGUCGCAAAUACGAUUGACAUGGACGUCUCGGAGAGCGAACUUACCCGCCGGCGGAGCGAGUGGACUGCCCCGCCGCUAAAGGUGAAACAGGGCACCCUAUUCAAGUAUACAAAGGUCGUGGAGGACGCGAGUCAUGGUUGUGUAACCGACGCGUAA